AUGAAGACAACGUGGAAGGAUAUUGCGCCUGUGCCCACACACCAGGAAUUCCUGGAUAUUGUCCUGAGUCGUACUCAGAGACAGCUUCCCACACAGAUUCGUGCUGGUUUCAAGAUCAGCCGUAUCAGAGGUUUCUACACCAGAAAGGUCAAAUAUACACAGGAGACUUUCGGUGAGAAGUUCCAGCACAUUCUCGAUGGAUUCCCUCGCCUGCAGGAUAUCCAUCCUUUCCACAAGGAUUUGAUGAACACUCUUUAUGAUGCCGACCACUUCCGUAUCGCCCUUGGUCAAGUCUCAACCGCCAAGCACCUUAUUGAAACCGUUUCCCGCGAUUACGUCCGUCUCAUCAAGUAUGCGCAGUCUCUGUUCCAGUGCAAGCAGCUUAAGCGCGCUGCCCUCGGUCGCAUGGCAACCAUCACCCGCCGCCUGAAGGAUCCCCUCGUCUACUUGGAGCAGGUCCGCCAGCACUUGGGUCGUCUGCCCUCCAUCGACCCUAACACUCGUACUCUCCUGAUCUGUGGAUACCCCAACGUCGGAAAGUCCAGCUUCCUGCGCAAUAUCACCCGCGCAGAUGUCGAUGUUCAGCCUUAUGCUUUCACCACUAAGAGUUUGUUCGUCGGCCAUUUCGAUUACAAAUACCUCCGUUUCCAGGCCAUUGAUACCCCCGGAAUUCUGGACCACCCUCUCGAGGAGAUGAACACCAUUGAAAUGCAAUCUAUCACUGCUGUUGCUCACUUGCGGUCCGCCAUCCUCUACUUCAUGGAUCUUUCCGAGCAGUGUGGAUACUCCGUCGGUGAUCAGAUCAAGCUUUUCCACAGCAUCAAGCCCUUGUUCGCCAACAAGAUUGUGUUCAUUGUCGUUAACAAGAUUGAUGUGCGUCGUCCCGAGGACCUGGAGCCUGAGUACCAGGAGCAACUUCAGGAGAUCCUCAAGGCCGAGGAUGUCGAGAUGCUGCAGGUUUCCUGCACCACCACCGAGGGUGUGACCGCUGUCAAGAACGCCGCCUGUGACAAGCUCCUCGCUGAGCGUGUCUCCCAGAAGCUCAAGUCUGGCUCUACCGCUGCCACCCCCGGCAGCCGUCUCGGCGACGUCUUGUCCCGUAUCCACGUGGCUCAGCCUAUGGGCGGUCUGCGCGAGACCUUCAUUCCCGAGGCCGUCAAGGAUCUCAAGAAGUACGACAAGAACGACCCCAACCGCCGGAGACUGGAGCGCGAUAUCGAAGAGGAGAACGGCGGUGCCGGUGUCUACAACUUCGACAUGCAGCGCGACUACACUCUUGGCAACCCCGACUGGAACCACGACAAGAUCCCCGAGGUCUGGAAGGGCAAGAACAUCUACGACUUUGUGGAUCCGGAUAUCGAGAGCAAGCUCGCCGCCCUCGAGGAGGAGGAAGAGAAGCUCGAGGCCGAUGGCUAUUACGAGUCCGACGAGAGCGUGGAGGAUGCCGAAGACGCCGACAACCGCCUCAAGGCCGAUCUCAUCCGCGAGAAGCGUGUGCUCAUGCGCAACGAAGCCAAGAUGCGCAAGUCUCUCAAGAACCGCGCCGCCAUCCCCCGCAGCGCCAAGGCCAAGAAGCUGUCCGAGAUGACCCGGGGUCUGGACUCCGCUGGUUACGACAAUGGUGCUGCUGGUUCUCGUGCCCGCGCCGCCAACCAGCCUCGUGGACGCACUCUCCGUGAGCCUACUGCUGACGCUAUGGACGUCGAUGAGAACCCCAAGAAGGCUCUCCUUCGCUCUAUUAGCCGCGCCCGUGACACACCGGUGACUGAUCGUCGUCUCGACGGUAUCACCAGCUUCGGCAACCGUGAUAAGGCUGAGCGUAUGGCUAAGCUGGGCCAGAAGAAGAUGAACCGUAUGGCUCGUGCUGGUGAGGCUGAUCGUCACACAACCGCCUCUCUCGAGAAGCACUUGUACUCCGGAAAGCGUGGUAUGGGCAAGACAGAUCGUCGUUAG